AUGGAACCCGCUAGGGAGAAAAAACAUCCCCAUUUCCCCGUGACCGCAAGAAAACCAUCAGUAACAGUACCUUUAUGGGAAAUCAGGGUUAAAAUGAGUGAUGAACCUCCGGAAAGUUAUGGGCAAGUAUUUUGUAGUGGACGUCAGCCGUUUCAUGAGGAUCGGUGCCUUGUUUGCCAGGUCGAAAAGAUUCACAACAAUUCAGCAUUCACACUAACGGAAUAUGGUCGCUUGUUGUAUGCGAGAAAAGUUAAAUCCUCUUGUCUUCCUGGUGAGAAGCCCUUUUCCUCCUAUUCCCCUUACCUUCCUGAAGGGGAAACUAUCCAGCCUUAUUACAGUUUUCUGCCAGCGGAACCUGUGAGGAUCCCUGAAACAGUCGAGAAAUUAAACGAACCCAGAAACGAUUUCAAUGAGAUCCACCAUGGUUUUUCUAAGAAGAAGAUGGGGAAGAAGUUCAGAGUUUCCUGGAGAUGGCUCACUAUCUACAAGAAAGUGGUGAAGCAGAAAUUGAAGAAAACAACCAAAAAACGUUCGCUUAUAGAACGUGUGGGAGGAAACGUCCACAAAAAGUUGAUUGUGAAUAUUUUCUUGAAGAUUGACGAAUGUUCGUGUAUAGAUUCUUCUGGAAGACUUCAUGAUUUUUGCUAUAGGUCAAUAGGUAACUCAUCUGUUCGUGGUCGAAAGUUCUCCUGUGAUCAUUUGGAACAUUUGAGACAUUUAGGAUUACUAGACAUUUUCUCAUCCACAAAUAUUAGCGAUGAUUUGAAUCCAGUAUUUAUCACAGCAUUUUCACAAUCACAUUUUAUGGAAGGUAAACGAAUGGUUGCCAGCAUUCGAGCAUUUUAUAAAACUGCAAACAUUGUCGUUUAUGACAUUGGCUUAUCAAAGAAAGGUGUUGUACGAGUAAAAAGAUGGUGUCAUGUGGAGUAUCGUCGCUUUAAUUUUGAGGAUUAUCCUAGUUAUUUUCGACAACUACACACGUUUCGAUGGAAACCAAUUGUGAUCGCAGAAUAUAAAUCCGCCACAGUAACAGUAACACAGUAUCCGUGUGACAACAGAUGCGUUGCGAUUUAUUUCGGACUUGGUGAAGCCCUCAGAGAUUUUGGAGUUAUAUGGUACAUGGAUACAUCUGUUAUCGUAAGAAAAGGUGAUCUACGACAUAUUUAUGCCUUGUUAAAAUGCCGUCAGAAGCCUCGAAUUAGUUUCCCCGUUCCUUCCGUGGAAGAACGGGAUACACGCGAAAUUCAGCGGCGAAUUACUCCUCCAUGGGACACUAUUCAGUGGACAGCUAACCUACAGGAAUGUAUGAAGUCCACUUAUCUAUUGCAUAGCUUCACAGGCCAUGGAAUCUAUGCAGCUACUGAUCCAUCGUUAUAUUCAUAUUUCCCCGUCUUCUUCGAAGAAUUACGAAAGCCGAAAGCAAAAAUGUAUGAAGCUGGAUUAGUACUUGCUAUGAGAACUCGCGAAACUAUGGAAAAAAUUGUGAAAUGGAGUGUAUUAUGCGCAUUGGAAGAAAAUUGCAUGGGAACACGAAUAAUUCCGAAUACUUGUGAAUUCACUAAUGGUGAUCGAUAUUCCUCUUUUGCUCAUUGUCACAGGUACGAUCAAUCAGUGGUGAAUGUUUUGCUUGCCGACGCUUACUACUAUGAUCGACAUUAUUAUACGAGUGAAAUUACGGACUUUUUUCAAAUUCAACGUUUUAUUUCACGUUCUGUAAAAAAUCGUGAACUAAGAUGUAUCUAG